AUGGCGGAAUCCAAGACGAAGACCUCAUUUGAAUCUUUCCGAGAAUGGGUCGUCGAUCACAAGCUUCGUGCAGUCGGGUGUCUAUGGGUGAGUGGUAUAGCGGGAUCAAUUGCUUACAAUUGGUCUCAACCCGGCAUGAAAACCAGCGUCAAGAUCAUUCACGCCAGUUCCUCCACCUCGCCUCCUACCACCUGCCUUUUUACCUCAAGAGCCUAUGUCGACAGAUUUGGGGAAUUUGAGAAUAAAAGUUAG